UCGACACCACAAACCACUCGACACUCUCAACAGAGACCAAACGAUCUGUACCUAGUUACCAGAAAGAGAUUUCUUUCACUGUUAGCGCUGCAUUUACAUUUUUCGAGCUAGAAAUAAAAGGAAGCGGUGAUGGAGGGCAAAGAAGAAGAUGUUAGAUUGGGAGCUAACAAAUUCAACGAGAGGCAGCCACUUGGCACGGCAGCUCAAAGCCAAGAUGACAAGGACUACAAGGAGCCACCCCCGGCACCACUGUUUGAGCCAAGCGAACUGACUUCAUGGUCAUUUUACAGGGCUGGUAUUGCAGAGUUCAUGGCCACCUUCUUGUUUUUGUACAUCACCGUUUUGACUGUGAUGGGCGUGUUUAAGGACACGACUAAGUGCACAACGGUUGGAAUUCAAGGGAUUGCUUGGGCCUUUGGUGGCAUGAUUUUCGCUCUUGUUUACUGCACUGCUGGCAUUUCAGGGGGUCACAUAAAUCCUGCUGUGACUUUUGGGCUAUUUUUGGCAAGGAAAUUGUCCUUGACAAGGGCCGUGUUCUACAUGCUGAUGCAGUGCCUGGGUGCCAUAUGCGGUGCUGGUGUAGUGAAAGGAUUUUAUGGGAAAAAAAACUACGAGUUGUUAAAUGGUGGUGCCAAUAUGGUUAGUCCUGGUUACACCAAAGGUGAUGGCCUUGGUGCUGAGAUUGUUGGCACUUUUGUUCUUGUCUACACUGUCUUCUCUGCCACGGAUGCCAAGCGGAGUGCCAGAGACUCCCAUGUCCCUAUUUUGGCACCUUUGCCAAUUGGGUUCGCUGUGUUCUUGGUGCACCUGGCCACAAUCCCAAUUACAGGAACCGGUAUCAACCCAGCUCGUAGUCUUGGUGCAGCUAUCAUCUUCAACAAGGACAAGGCCUGGGAUGAUCACUGGAUCUUCUGGGUUGGCCCAUUCAUUGGGGCAGCACUCGCAGCUCUUUACCACCAGGUUGUUAUCAGGGCCAUUCCUUUCAAGAAGUGAUUAUUAUGAUUAUGGUGCUUUACAUUUGGCCGUUCGAUGAUAUUGUUUGGAGAUGAACAUCAAAACCCAGUUUGUUCCAUUUUCUCUGUUUGGCCUUUUGUGCAUUUGUACCUAUAAGUAAGCACACAAGUAAUAAUAGCAAUACGUGUUUCUUCAAAUCAAGGGGCUUUUUAUCCCAAUUGCACAUGUAAUGUAAUAAUAGUUCAUGUUUUUCUUCAA